AUGAGGACUCUUAAACUUCAGCUCGACUACGUUCUGGCGAGGAACAUUCCUCAGUCAGAUAUCCGAAAAUCUAGAGCUGUUUGGGACGUCGCGUUCGACGCUGACCACCGUCCACUUCUUCUCAGCUUCAAGAUACGGUUCCACAAGAGAAACCGAGGAAUUCCUCUUCAACCGAAAAUCGACAUGGCAGGUCUGAAAGACGAUGAAUGCAGAAGAAAAUUCCGCCAACGUAUGUCUAUUCAUGUUGGAGUACGGACCAGGAAGAAGCUUAGCGAUGCGGAUUCCUUCACAAAGUGCAUCCAGGACGCUGCAAAGGAAACGCUCCCGGUUCUGUUGCCGCGGAAGAAGUUUGCCUUUGCAUCUGCGGAAACAAAAUCCACGUACAAUUCCGUAUGUUUCGCGCGUAGCACUGGUGACUUCAACCAGGAAAAGCGUCUUAGAAGGAAGCUGCGUCGUCAACUGCAACAAGACCAUGAUAACGAGUGGAUGUCAAGAGCGAUGGAGUUUGAGAAGGCGUGGGAGGACAGGAACCCGCGGAAAGCCUGCGCUCUACUAAAACAGUAUAGCGGCAAAAUAAAAAGAUAUUCCCAUGUCCUCAACACUGCUAAUGGGGUAGCUGUCGGUGAAGCAACCCUUCCAAUUUGGAAGGAACACUUCAAGACCUUGCUGAACCGGCUAGCACCGUCAGCUCCUGAACUCGAACACAUUCAUAGACCGACGAAUGCGGUUAACGAGGGGCCACCGACCGAGUCGGAGGUCAUGGUCUGUAUUCAAAAAAUGAAGAAUGGAAAAUCUGGUGGAGACGACGGGAUUAGCGCAGGAAUGCUAAAAAAAACCUUCCUCCGUCUGGGAUCCGUGAGAUAA